UUCGCACUUCGUGCUCGGCCAUGGCCACAGCGAGCCUACCAUCCCGCCUGGACCCGCCAUGCAGAGCUGCUUUCGCCGUCUACGCGACAAUCCCAAAUCCAGCCGCGGUGGCUCGUAUUGUCUUCACGCCGCGAGCUAUGGGCUAUCGGCGAAUGCGGGUUCACAAAAUGAAACGUCUCAAACUUCCCAUUCAAUCCGACGCCACCGAGAGGGCCUCGCACCGACAUUUGCUGCCCGCUACAAUCGUGAGUCGCGAAGGAUAAUUUGCUAAAAGAGAAUGGGGGCAACGUGACGGCGAAGGAGUAGUUGGACAAGCUGAACGAGAAGCGGAGCAGACCCCGUGGUGUGCGCGAGAUCACGAUCGAGCAAGGCGAGGAGGACCUGCAGGUUGUUGGACAAAAAAUAUACCUGCCAAAACAUCAUCAUUCGUAUGGUGCAUAAUCACGCACCACCCAGGCAUCCGUAUAGCCCGUACGAGGCGACGUUCCGCUGCGAGGUAUAUGAUCCCGUUCACCACGCCAAUGCCCCAGUACCACCUCCGGACUUCAGAAGUAU